AUGAGAAUAUCAACACAACAAUAUCAAUCGUCAAAAAUGAAACGUCAUCCAAAGAGUGUGGAGAAUUUCUGUUAUAUUCUCGAAAAUCAUCUUCCAAUUUCAAAUGAUGAACAACAAACUCUACGUGGUGUGAUUAAUUUGGGUUUUACUUUUGAUGAUAUUAAUUCGAAAGAAUCCAUUGAAUUUCUCAAGAAAAUUGUCAAUGAAAGAGUUAUUUUAAUACUCUCGAAAACCAGUAUGGAGAAUUUAUCAAAACCUAUUCAAGAUGAACCUCUACUUUUCGCGAUUUAUGUCAUUGAUUCAUCGGAGAAAAAUCAAUUUGAUUCGAAAUUUUAUCGAGGAUCUUUUUCUAAUAUCACCAGAUUUUGUAAACAACUAGAAAACGAUCUUCAAUUAUUCACUUAUGACUUAACAAGCAUCUGCUCGAUCCCUGCAGAUUACGCUGGAAUGAGUACGCUGAAUUAUGUUCAAGCAUUAAAAGAUAUUCUCUUAGAAACCGAUGAGAAAAGAAACCUAAAAAAAGAAAUGAUCGAUUUUUGUCGUGAAGAAUAUGCUGAUAAUAUUAUUCAAUUAAAAUUGAUUGAUGAAUUUGAAAAUAAUUUUCAACCAGCUGAUGCCAUUCAUUGGUAUUUACGGCACGAAACCUUUUUAUACAAAAUGAUGACACGAGCAUUUCGAGUCUUGGAUCCGGAUAUUUUAUUUAAACUUCGAUAUUUUAUUCAACAUCUCCACUGUCAAUUGAAAUCGCCUAUUAAUACAGGCGUCUUGACUGUCCAUCGAACACUUCGAAUUCGAAAGGAUCUUUUCAAUAAGAUGAAAAAAAACCAGGGCGCAUUGUUAUCAUUUAAUGAAUUUCUUUUGGUUAAUAAAAACCAAUCAAAAAUCGAACCUUCUCCCACGAACACAGAUUCGAAAUUGGUUCAUUUUCAGAUUGCUUUAGGAACCGAUGUUUCUCGACAUGACGUUGCAACAAAACCCAAUGAAGUUCUUUUGACAGCUGGAACAAUAUUCCGUGUUGAUAAAGUUGAACCGAUUGAUGAAGAAGCAUUUACUGCUGAAUUAACGAGCAAUGAUGAAAUUCUUAAAGCUGGUCAACUGAUAACAAAAGGUUUACGUGAUGCUGUACAUGGUCCUUUCCCAUUAGUACGCAUGGUGAAAUUGAUGAAACAGAGAGAAUUAACGGGUUAUAUGGAACAUUUUUGUUCAAUGUUAAUCGACGAUCCUCAAGCUGUGGAAGAUGAAGCAACAAACUUAACUCUUGGAGGAUUACUUCAUUCAUUAGGAACUUAUUAUUAUGAAAGAAAGCAUUAUGAACAAGCGUUAAGUCAUCUUCAAAAUGCUUUAAAAGUUUAUUUACGUGUUCUACCUGGUGACGAUGUGAGAUUAACACCAACCUAUAACAAUAUUGGAAGUAUCUAUAAUAAACAAGGUUUGAAUGAACAAGCAUUAGAGUAUCAUCGUAAGGCCUAUGAAAUUCAAAAGAGUUCGACCGAUCCUGAUCUGGAUUCAGUCGCUGCUUACGUAGGUAACGUUGGCUCGGUUCUUAUAAAACUUGGUAGAUACAAGGAAGCCGUUAGCUAUCUUGAACUUGAUUUACAAAUUAAACAAAAACUUCAUCCGAAUAAUGAUCAUCCUGAUGUAGCUGCAAAAUAUCAUAAUCUUGCUGGAGCUCAAUAUAAGUUGCAUCAAUAUUCAGAAGCAUUAGAAAAUUAUCAGAAAUGUCUUGAUAUUGAACUCAAAUGUCAUUCAGAUGAAAAUCCAACCGUUGCAGUAACCUAUUAUAACAUGGCAACAACAUUCGAGGAACUCGGACAAUUGCACGAAGCAAAAGAAGCGGUGGAAAAAGCCAUUACACGUUUACUUUUAACUAGACAAGCAGAUGAUGAAGAAAUACAAAUGCAAAGAAAAUAUCUUCAACGUUUAGAACAAAAAAUUUGGAUGAAAAGUUUAUUUGCCAAAACAUAA